UGUUGUGUGUGUACCCGGCAGAAAACCUUACUGAUUAUUCGCUUAUUUAUUUAACCUCGAUCAGAUAAAAAAAGAAGUUGUUGCCCCUAACUAAAUUCGGGAGGUAAUGUUCAAAGUGUGAAAUAUUUGGAUAUAAAUAGUGUUUGUUCAAAGUAUGACCUUUUGACCCCUUGAACAUUAUCUCAAGAAUAAAGACGCCACUUGAUACCGAGAACAUUGUGUUUGAAACAUGGCUUCUAUUGAUUCUGUACCUUCGGCAGCUAUUAAUGACACAAGAAGGACGAAACAUGGGUUGGACAGAGAUUACAUCUAUGGUCGAUGGGGACCAUACCAAAGACUACAACUGGCAUUUACCUACUUCCAUCUCUUGGAAACAACGUUCCAGCUAAUGAUCGGAGUGUUUAUUGCGUAUUCACCGGGAUUUCAAUGCGCAUCCUCGGAUCACAAAAACCAGUCUCUGACUAAUACAUCUUUUGGGACUACGUACGAAACGUGUGACAAGAAAAUGUAUAGAAAUGGUUCCAUAAGACAUGGGUUGAAGUCUGUUCAGGGGUGUUUUGAAUACGUGUACGUUUUAAAGAAACAUAGUACAAUCGUUACUGAGUUUGAUUUGGUAUGCGAUCAGGCCUAUUUAGCAGAACUAAUUCAGGCAGUGCUAAUGGCAGGUCAGAUAGCUGGGGCAGUCUUUGUUUCGCCAGUCUGUGACAGGAUGGGACGGAAGACUGUUCAUCUCUCCUGUAACCUGUUAACCUUGAUCAUAGGAAUAAGUGCUGCAUUUGCCCCGAACUAUACCACACUGGUUAUCUUGAAGUUUAUAUUGGGUGUCUUGCAGCAGGGGAUGGUUAUGUCAGGGGUGGUCCUAACAUUAGAAAUAUUUCCUGAACGCAUCCGAUUUCACGCAGCAAUAUGGGGAGCCUUUGUAACCUCCAGCGGAUUGGUCGUCAUGACUGGCAUUGCAUACCUGUUACAAAACUUUUCGUGGAGAUACUUGCAGAUAACCUUAAGUUGCUUUUCACUUCUAAGUCUUAUUCAGUAUUGGACUCAGGACGAAUCACUAAGAUGGUUGAUUGUAAAUGGGAAAAUGAAGAGGAUAGAAAAAAUAUUACUCAAAGUAGCGAAGUGGAACAAACUAGACUACGAGGAUCUAAUGCAAAAUGUUAAACAUAAAAUGGCAACCGUUAGGGAUGGAAAAGAGGAAACAAAUGAAACACUGUUAAAGAACGAAAAUACUCGUUACAAAGCAGAGAAAUAUUCUAUAAAGACGAUCUUACACACUAGGUCAAUUCUGAUUAUAUCUUUUAUGAUGUGUUUUAUUUGGGUUACAGAUAAUCUGACUUAUUUUGGAUUGACCUUAAUGGCGACAUCUUUGGCUGGGAAUCGGUUCCUUAACUUUUUCUUCUCGGCGUUUGUUGAAUAUGUUUCAUUGACAUUGAAUAUCGUCAUGCUACAUCGGCUUGGACGAAUAUCAACCUUGAUCGUUUUUCACAGCGUUGCUGGAAUAUCUUUGACACUUGCCACGGUUCUGAAUUAUUUUACAGAUAGUGAUUCAAGUCUUACGACGCUUUCCAUCAUUGCAACAUUGACGGGGAAAAUGGCGAUGACAGGAUCAAUAAGCGUUCUGUAUUUAUUCACACCGGAAUUGUUUCCUACGAAUAUUAGGAAUUUUGGAAUGGGAAUGUGCUCAACUGUUGCCAGGAUUGGUGCCUUGAUAUCUUCUUUUGCUGGAACGUUGGCCAGGCACACACCUUGGGCUCCAGGAGCAGUUUUUUCCGUUAUGUGUUUUGUUGUCAUCGUCAUAGUAUUAUAUCUACCGGAAACUCGAGGAAUAGAUUUACCACAGACAUUAGAAGAAGUGAAAAUAUGGUAUGCUGAAAAUAGUGGUAUCAAGCUCGGAAAAUAUAAAAGAAAGAAGGCAAAUCAAGAUUUGGAAACAGUCGUUCCAUGAAUGUUGAUGUAUUUUGAUCUGGUAAAUCAGGUAAUAAAAGGCUGCGAGGUCACAAACUGGUUCAUUGAAACAAUAAAUAAAAUGGGGCCCUACUGUAUUUUUUAAUUUUCUUUUAAAAAGGGGCUGGUUACAAGACUUCGUGUUCGUAAUUCAAGGAUUUCCGGUUAAUUAACAUACAUUUCAAUUUACAACUAUGAAGGAUAUUCCAUGAAUUUGUCUAUACUUAAGAUAUUUGGGUGAAUUUUCUUAUUGUUUGUUUUUAAAGCAUGGCUUAGUGUGUGUUUCAAUGGUUUUCGACUCAUUCGAUGAUCUUUAACUUGCAUAUCGAAACCGUCAACAUUUGUGUCAUUUCUUUCCAACGUUUAAUUUUACAAAUUUUUAAUUAUAAUAUGAACAGUUAUAUGGAUAUUGUAGUGCUUUUGUAGGUAAAUUAAUUUUGACCAAAUUUUGAUUCACACAAUUUAACGAACGCCGAUAUUAGACGCAAGAAAGGAGACUUUUCAAGACAUUUAGAGUGUUAGUGAUCAAAUAAAAUGAUUUUGUUUUCGAUUUAAUGAUCAUUAAAAUUGCAAGACAAAAAGAUUAGUCUACAGGUGUUGCAGCAAAACCUCAUAACUAUGAUGCUAUAUGUUGUUCGUCGGUCCUGUUUUUGCUAUCAAUAAUGCUAUUAUUGAAAUUUUAAAAGUAUCCAUCACUACAAUUUCAAUGUGGAUGAGAGUACAUCAUGUAUGAAUUUUUAAAAAAUAAGUUUUAAACCCUGUGCACGUUUCAAAGUCAUGAAAAACACAACCAAACUCCUCAACCACUGCCCUACACUAUUAUUCCAACAAUAUUACAAAAGUAAAAUAAUUAAAAAGUUAUCUUAAUAGCUUAUUCAAUUAUAAUGUGUGUACAUUUCAUUUUUCCGUUUCGUACUUUAUAAUGCAAAUUGAAUACAAUGCAUUGGUUAAUAGACAUUCUUA